AAAGAGUGUUGUGCAUUCCACCCAGGAUCUUCCCUUUUUUCAUUAUAUAGUAUAGCUCCGGAAACUGCAUUCAUCAGUUGAAGGUAGAGUGAGAGUCGGUUUUGGUAUCCGAAGAAACGUCUUGCUUCCUUACUUUCCCCCUACCCUACCGACCUUCUUUCCUCCCCUAUAAAACCACCCCGAUCUUCUCUUUGUCCUCCGUCCAUUUACAUUUGAAGAAGGAAGCAAGAUGAGUUACUACAAUCAGCAGCAGCCGCCCGUUGAUGCUCCUCCUUCGCAGGGGUAUCCUCCCAAGGAUGCGUAUCCACCGCCGGGAUACCCAGUACAGGGAUACCCACCUCCGUCAUAUCCUGCGCAAUACCAACAGGGGCCUCCUCCACGCCAAGACAGCGGCUUUCUUGAAGGAUGCUUAGCGGCACUCUGUUGCUGUUGCCUUCUGGAUGCUUGCUUUUGAGGGCGAGAAUGCAGGUUACAGCGACUCGGCCUUGGCUAUUUGUUCAUGUUUGGAUUACUAGCUAGUAUAAUAGUUAUGCAGUAUAUUCAAUUACAGAUGUCCCAUGCACUCGGAUUUUAUUCUGGUUUCAAAUUUGCAACAUUAUUUCAUGACAGAAACUUGAACUCUGUUUUUCAAUAUAUUAUCGGAAGCAUAUUUUCAUUGUAUAUGUAAUUGCCUUUCUAUUUAUUUCUU